AUGACGUUAAAGGGAUGGCGGCUUGUACUCAACAGAGUGACGUUCAUCCCACAGCGCUAUGUUAUCGGUAUUUUGGGAUUAUUUGCUCUGGCCAACUCCUUCACUAUGCGUGUAUGUUUGAGCAUGACUAUAACCCAAAUGGUACUACAUGUGGCGCCAUCAGAGCAUAUUGUGGGUGAAACUUGUCCAGAUCCAGUGCCUACCAUGAGUGCCACACCAGAAAUAACGAGUAAUAAUACUGUAGUACUGGAUUCUGGCAGAGAGAGAUAUGAUUGGGACGAGAAAACGCAAGGAUUCCUUCUAAGUGCCUUUUAUUAUGGUUAUGUACUAACCCAUUUACCUGGUGGUCUUUUGGCUGAAAAAUUUGGCGGUAAAUGGACGAUUGGCAUCAGUUUAUUGUGUACAUCUAUUGCGACUAUUAUUACGCCCUGGGCAGUUACUGUUGGAGGAGCGACAGGCUUAUUUAUAAUAAGGGUUAUAGAAGGUGCUGGUGAGGGACCAGUGACACCAGCCUUUGUUUUAUUAUUGGCUCGUUGGGUACCACCUGCAGAGAGAGCAAGAUUCGGUGCAAUGAUAUUUGGCGGAGCACAAGUUGGGAAUAUUCUUGGGCCUUUAAUAUCAGGCCUGCUAUUAGCCGAUGGUGGAGAUUGGGCGAAUGUGUUUUACGUGUUUGGGGGCCUUGGUAUCAUUUGGUUUGUGUUUUGGGUAUUCCUUUGCUACAGUACACCAAAUUUGCACCCAUUUAUAUCGGAUGAUGAGAAACGUUACCUUAACGAAAAUAUCGUUGCGUCUGGACUGCACCAAAAGUUAGAUCCGGUACCGUUCAAGGUUCUAUUGCGAUCUGGACCUCUAUGGGCGCUUAUCCUAGCAGCUGUCGGCCAUGACUGGGGAUACUUCACAAUGAUAACAGAUCUACCCAAGUACUUCUCAGGAGUACUCAAAUUUAAUAUAAAGGACACAGGCUUAAUGUCAGCGUUACCAUACAUAGCCAUGUAUGUUUGUUCGUUUAUAUUCGCAUCGCUCUGUGAUUACUGCAUACGUAAGAAGUGGCACAAUAUAACAACAGGAAGAAAAAUUUAUACUACAGUGUCCUCAACACUGCCUGCAAUAUUUAUUAUUCUGGCCUCAUAUUCCGGAUGCGACCGGUACAAGGCUGUUGGCUUCUUUAUCGCUUCAAUGGCGUUCAUGGCAGGCUUCUAUAGUAGCGUUAAAAUAAACGCUAUGGAUAUAGCCCCGAAUUACGCUGGAACCUGCUCGGCUAUGGUGAAUGGUCUAGCGGCUGUCUCGGGAAUAAUUACACCAUAUCUCAUUGGACUGUUGACACCAGAUCAAACAAUAUCGCAGUGGAGGAUAGCCUUUUGGACUGUAUUCGCCGUGCUAGUCGGCACUAACAUUAUCUAUGUUAUCUGGGGUACAGGUGAGCCUCAAUGGUGGGAUGAUGUGGACAAAUACGGCUACCCCGAUAACUGGGAUAAAGGACCGCUUAGGCGGCGAAAAGAAGAUUCAGAAAAGAAUGUGGUGCAGCCGAAACAUGACCAUCCACCCAUGUCAAAAGAUUGA